UGACCAUUGGUCAAAGAAAUAGUACUGGGAUAAACUGGAACAAUAAACCAGAGCACACAUUUCUGGUCUUGUAUAUGAGGAAUAAAGGACAAAUAGCCCUCUAUGAUCUACAUUCUCAGAGGCUGGAAUUUGGGUCGGAAUCUCUUGCUGUAUCAUUGACCAGUAAAACACACGAUGCAGAUGGGGAAACUCAUUUUUAUUCCGAUUGUCCUUGUCUGUGGAAUGCUUGGAUUUCUGUUUCAUUUCAAAGAUUCUGUACAAAACGUCAUCGCUCGAAACCAACGAAGAGAUACUGUGAGCUAUAUCUGUCGACAAAACAAUUUCACAGACUCCUUACAUGGAAUAAGCUCUACCACUGCAAACCAGCUAUAUGUGGUGCACGACCACAAGUUUAUUUACUGUGAAGUACCAAAAGUGGGCUGUUCCAACUGGAAAAGGAUCAUCCUUCUUUUGAACAGGACUGGAGGUAAGUUUGUACCUCAGGAUGUCCACACGUCUCCAUAUCUGAAGAAGCUGAGCUCGUAUUCCCCUGCUGAGCAAGUGGCACUCCUUAAAAAUUACACCACCGUGAUGUUCACUCGACACCCUUUAGAGAGACUGGUUUCAGCUUACAGAGACAAGUUUCUCCAUGAUGAAGCAACAUUCUACACUACAUCAGUUGCUGAUUUAAUCAAGAAAACUGUAAGGAGGCAUGGUGAUUUCGAAGAAAAGAUCAGUUUUGAAGAGUUUGUGAGCUUCAUUGUCUUAGAAAACCCAAAUCAAAGAGACAUUCACUGGAUGCCCAUGGUAGAACUAUGUGAUCCAUGCAACAUCCACUAUGACAUUUUGGGCAAGUAUAAAACCAUCAAACAAGACGCUGCCUAUGUGCUAAGAUCAAUCAGAGCACCAAAGCACCUGAAGUACUCUGAUACAAAGCAUCACCCCAAUGAAUCCAGGACCAACAAUUUAAUUACAACAAAAUAUUUAAGAUCCCUUCCCAGAAAGUUACUUCAGAAACUGAUAAAUAUUUACAGACUUGACUUCUCCAUGUUCGAAUACAACCCUCUCAUAGAAUUAUAAUUGAAUUCAUGAAUAGGACAGAUGACAGUUGACUUUAAUUAUAUUUUCAUGGAUUAUUAUUAAAUGUGUUCUACUUAUUUAUUUAUUUUAUAAACCUAUCAAUGAUUUUAAAUUACAUUUAAAAAAUAUCCAGCUUGGUUACAUGCAUUGUUAUGUUAUGGUGAACUACAUAAAUGAAUUAGAGUUAA